AUCACUUUUCUCUUCUUAUUAUUCUCUGUCAUCAUAUUAUUACUCAUUAUAAAGUACUAAUCCCUAAUCCUAAUACUACUAGUAACACAAUUCCCUCUUCUCUUCAUUCACCGACAACAUGACAGACAGGGUCUACCCUUCCGCCAAAACCACCGCCGCCACAAACGGCACCGCCACCACCAACCCAACUUUCCCCGCCACAAAGGCCCAACUCUACGGCGCCAACCGCCCUGCUUACCGCCCUCAACCCCUCCACCGCCGCACCCGCCGCCGCUGCUUCUGCACCUUCUGCUUCUGGCUAAUCCUCAUCAUCCUCAUCCUCCUCCUCAUCAUCGGCGGUGCUGGCGUCGCCUUCUACCUCCUCUACCGCCCCCACCACCCCACCUUCUCCGUCACCUCCCUCAAACUCUCCUACCUCAACCUCACCUCCUCCUCAACCCUCUCCUCCAAAUUCGACCUCACCGUCGCCGCCACAAACCCCAACAAGAAAAACAUCGCAUUCUCCUACCUACCCACUUCCAUCACCAUACUCUCCGGCGACGUCGACGUCGGCGACGGAACCAUACCCACUUUCCAUCACGGCAAGAAAAACACAACACUGCUGAAAUCUUCGAUUUCGAGCAGUGGGCAUGAGUUGGAUGCUGACGCUGCGAAGAAGUUGAAGGCGAGCAUGAAGAGCAAGAACGGGUUGCCAUUGAAGGUGAAGCUCGACACGAAGGUGAAGGCUACAAUGGGGAAAUUGAAGACUCCUCGAGUUGGAAUCAGAGUCUCAUGUGAUGGAAUCAGAGUCACUCUUCCGACAGGGAAGAAACCUGCGACGGCGUCGACCUCGAACGCGAAAUGCAAUGUUGAUGUCAGAUUCAAGAUCUGGAAAUGGACGGUUGGAUGAAGAAGAUGAUCAUGAUGCUGCAAUAGAGGUGUGAACACUGUGUUAUUUUUAUUUUUUGCUUAAUUUAUUUCUGGAUUUUAAUUUUAUUUUUUGGGAUUUUUGUUCAAAAUUAUAUUAUAUGAUCCAUUAUUACAUAAACGCGUGUAAAUUGCGAUGAAGACUUUUUGAAUUUUAAGUCGGUGACAGUUGUUAGCACAUUCAUUGUAUUAUAUACUAGUUAUUUUCUUUCUCUUUUUAGAA